UACGGCGACACCACCCCCACUCGCCCCUCCUCCUCCCCCCGCAUUUCCAAGAGAGCUAGCCACCAUUUGCCUCCCACAAGAACACCUCUCCCUCCUCCUCCGCCUGCUCUCCCCCUCCCUCUCCGGCUCAGGCUCCGUCUCCGGGGAAGAAGAAGAAGAAGAGGAGGAGGAAGAAGAAGAAGAAGAAGAAGAAGAAGGAGGAGGAGGAGGGGUAGCUCGCCAUGUCUCGGCUCGCCGACCUUCUCAGCCUCGACCUGUCCGGCUGCACCGGCAAGAUCAUCGCCGAGUACAUAUGGGUCGGCGGCACCGGGAUGGACGUCAGGAGCAAAGCCAGGACGCUUCCCGGACCCGUGGACGACCCCAGCAAGCUUCCAAAGUGGAAUUUCGACGGCUCCAGCACCGGCCAAGCCACGGGCGACGACAGCGAAGUCAUCCUCCGACCCCAAGCCAUCUUCAGGGACCCGUUCAGGAAAGGGAACAACAUCCUGGUCAUCUGUGACUGCUAUGCGCCUACCGGAGAGCCGAUUCCGAGCAACAAGCGGUACAACGCGGCGAGGAUAUUCGGCCAUCCUGAUGUCAAGUCUGAAGAACCAUGGUAUGGGAUUGAGCAGGAGUACACCCUUCUCCAGAAGGACACCAACUGGCCCAUUGGCUGGCCACUAGGGGGUUACCCUGGCCCUCAGGGGCCUUACUACUGCGCCGCGGGUGCGGAGAAAUCUUACGGGCGCGACAUCGUCGACGCCCACUACAAGGCCUGCCUCUACGCCGGCAUCAACAUCGGCGGCAUCAAUGCAGAAGUCAUGCCAGGGCAGUGGGAGUUCCAAGUCGGCCCUUCCGUCGGCAUCUCCGCCGGCGACGAGCUCUGGGCGGCUCGCUACAUUCUCGAGAGGAUCACUGAGAUCGCCGGCGUCGUCGUCUCCUUCGACCCCAAACCGAUCCCGGGAGAGUGGAACGGUGCCGGUGCCCACACAAACUACAGCACCAAGUCGAUGAGGAGCGAGGGCGGGUACGAGGUGAUCAAGAGGGCGAUCAAGAAGCUCGAGGCGCGGCACACGGAGCACAUAGCCGCCUACGGGGAAGGCAACGAGCGCCGGCUCACCGGCCGCCACGAGACCGCCGACAUCAACACCUUCGUAUGGGGCGUGGCAAACCGCGGCGCGUCGGUGCGGGUGGGGCGCGACACCGAGAAGGAAGGCAGGGGCUACUUCGAGGACCGGAGGCCGGCGUCCAACAUGGAUCCCUACGUCGUCACCUCCAUGAUCGCCGAGACCACCAUCCUCUGGAAGGCCGGUCUCUCCAAUGGCAAGUAGAGUUACCUGUGAUGGUGUUAUGUGUAAGCGCCCCGUGGUUGUGUGUGCGUGAUCUGCAUUGCAGUGAUGAGACUGGCAAGGUUUGAAUAAAAAUGAUGAAGCAAUAACUGAUGUGA